AUGAAGAGCAAAACCACUCAGAUUCUUGUCUUGUUCCAUUUAUUUUUAACAUGUUUUAUCAAUCAGAGUUCUGGAAAGAAGCAAAACGAAGCUCUUUCCCAUUUAUACAAUGAAAAGUUCAGGAAAAAUACAGCAGCCAUUGACAGAAGCCAAUUCAGUGCAAGUAGUUAUAUUAAUGGAGCAGAAAUUCAUCCUCAAAAAGGGACGAAAAAGAAGGAUAGGAUUAGGAGACUGCCUGGACAACCGCAAGUUGGAUUCAGACAGUACGGGGGAUACAUUACAGUGAAUAAAACAGCAGGUCGAGCAUUUUAUUAUUACUUGGCAGAGGCUGAUGAGCAUUCGAGGAAGUCAUUGCCUCUUCUUGUUUGGCUUAAUGGAGGCCCUGGUUGUUCUUCACUUGGAUAUGGAGCAAUGCAAGAGAUUGGACCAUUUCGAGUUCACAGUGAUGGAAAAACACUGUACAAAAACAAACUUGCAUGGAAUCAUGCUGCAAAUGUGUUAUUUUUGGAGUCUCCAGCUGGUGUAGGGUUUUCAUAUUCAAACAUGACGACGGAUUUCGUUAAAGGCGGAGAUAGAAGAACAGCUAUUGAUAAUUAUAUCUUUCUACUUAAUUGGCUCGAGAGAUUUUCAGAAUAUAAAGAUCGAGAUUUCUAUAUUUCUGGAGAGAGUUAUGCUGGUCAUUACGUACCCCAACUAGCACUUACAAUCCUUCAUCACAAUAAGAAAGCCAACAAGACAAUUAUCAAUCUCAAAGGAAUCGUUAUUGGAAAUGCUGUGAUAGACGAUGAGACAGACAGGAAGGGAGUGUAUGACUAUCUUGCAACACAUGCUCUAAUCUCGGAUGAAACAUUGUACCAAAUUCAAAAAUUCUGCAAUUUUUCGUCCAAUGUUUCGAAUCAAUCAGAUGAAUGCAAUGAAGCUUGUGAUGAAGCUGACACAGAUGUAUACAGCCUUGAUGUGUACAACAUCUAUGCUCCUUUAUGCACCAAUUCCAGAUUCUCCUCCUAUCCCAAGGGAACUUCGGUAAUGAAUUUUGAUCCAUGCAGUGACGACUACGUGCAUAUAUACCUGAAUCGACCUGAUGUUCAAGAGGCACUCCAUGCCAAUGUCACCAAAAUACAUUACAAUUGGCAAUCAUGCAGCGAUGUCAUCCAGAAAUGGGAAGAUAGUCCAUCAACCGUUAUUCCUCUCCUCAAAGAGUUGAUGGCAAAUGGACUUCGAGUGUGGAUAUUUAGCGGCGACACAGAUGGAGUUAUACCAAUAACUUCUACAAAGUAUUCUAUCAAUCACAUGAAACUUUCAGUGAAAACUUCUUGGCGUCCUUGGUUCCUUGGUAGAGAGGUUGGAGGGUAUACAAAAGUUUAUGAAGGCAACUUAACAUUUGCUACAGUUAGAGGGGCUGGCCAUCAAGUCCCCAGUUACCAACCUGCUAGAGCUCUUUCCCUCGUUAAGCACUUCCUUGAUGGGAAACAACUCCCAACUUCUUCAAAACAUUAA